CUCUAAAAAAAAAAGAAAAGAGACGAGAUGAAAUGAAUCAGUGAUUAGAAAGCUUCCUCCGAUCACGGCCACAGAGAGUGAGAAUGGAUCAGAUGUUGAACAAGGUGGGAUCAUACUGGCUAUGUCAGAAGGCGAACAAGCAGCUCAAUUCCGUCGGUGACGAUAUCAACUCUCUGUCUAACAGCAUCCAAGGAGGAACAAAAUGGCUGGUGAACAAAAUCAAAGGGAAAAUGCAGAAGCCAUUACCCGAGUUACUCAAGGAGUUUGGUUUGCCUGUGGGGAUCUUUCCACGCGAUGCAACCAACUACGAGUUCAACGAACAGACAAAGAAACUCACCGUCUUCAUCCCAUCAAUCUGCGAAGUCGGCUACAAAGACUCAUCGGUCCUGAGGUUCACCACAACUGUCACCGGGUUUCUACAGAAAGGAAAGCUAGCCGACGUUGAAGGGAUCAAAACAAAAGUAAUGAUAUGGGUGAAAGUCACAAGUCUCUCAUCAGACUCGUCAAAGAUCCAUUUCAACGCAGGGGUGAAGAAAAGCAGAAGCCGUGUUGCUUAUGAGGUUCUUAGAGAUGGCGUUGAGAUUGAUAAAUUCUAGCUUUGUUUUUGCUGGUAACUCCCCCAAUUCUUUUAUUCUCUUAUC